GAGACGCCCAACGCGUCAAGUGACGGAUCAGGGCAGGGUUCCCACGCUAGGAUCGGCGCGGCGGCGCGGUCCCUUCCCCAGCCUCGGCAAUACGCUCGGGCUGCAUCCUCCCCGUCGGGGAACAAUCAUGAGCAUGGGCCUCCGUGCCCGAACUAGCAGCAUUUCGUGCUACUCCGCCUUUACUCUGCCCGUGUGCAACUCACCUUGACGGCGGGUGAGAAACGUGUGCCCAACGACACCAUGGUCGAGCACCCGGUCACAUCCCAGAAGACUACGAAGGUCUUCAUACCGCAUCCUCAUGCUGAGAACUGUUCGAUCGUGGGUGUACUUGAGCAGCUUGCCCCACACGAAUCUACGCAGGGACGUCGGAUUGCUCUGAUCCUCCAUGGGUCGUUGGGACAUAAAGACUAUCUCUUCCAGAAGCGUCUUGCUCUCAGACUACCGCUGGACUCCUUCCGAUUCGACUUCCGCGGCAACUUCGAGACGCCAGGCGCACUGCACCUCGCCGGAUUCGAAGACGACAUCCAGGACCUGGGCGUCGUCGUUCAGUAUCUAACGCGCGAGUACGGUUAUGUGAUCGACCUCCUCGUCGGACACUCGCGCGGGAGUGUAGCAGGCCUUCACUGGCUCUCCCGGUAUCCUAAGGAGGAGACGAGCAGCGUACGCGGGUACGUCAACGCGAGCGGUCGGUACAGGAUGCAUAAAAUGUACGACCAGAUGAACAAGCCUGAGAUCAAGGCCCAGCUGGAGAGGCAAGGAUACUACGAAGUCAAGGCCGUUGUAGCACGCCAGCCAGUCAGCAUGAGAGUCACUGCAGAAGACCACCACAAAUUCGCUAGUGUAGACCCGUCCAUCGUGUGGGACCGCUUCCCGGCUACGGUCGACGUAUUGACGAUCCACGGACUGAAAGACGCAGUUGUACCUCCAUACGACGCCUUCAUAUACGGGCAGAUCCUGGGUGCAAGGUCUCCCGGUACGCACAACCUGGCGAUAGUGGAAGAGGCGGACCACAACUUCACCGGGCGCGCCGACGAAGUGGUGGCUACCGUCCUUGAAUGGCUAGACAUGCUAGAACGCAAGACGCUCAAGACAGGCCUGUGGCAUACUGGGGUCAGAGAGGACAUCGAUCAGCCAAGUCCUAGGGCAUCCUUGUAGGGAUAUCAGAUGGUGAUACAACUGAUAUAUUCUUUCAAUGGGGAUACAAGUGUAUAAAUGUGGCCUACUCCGUUACCUCAAUCCAACCUUCAUCGCACCAAGCGCAGCGAUGCG